AUGCCUGGCCAUACUGUGGCCAGCCCGCCGCCGUCGCCGGCCUCUACGGCGUCUACUGAGGAGACGGUGAGUCCUUCACAGAGGUUCAAGAGAGAAGCCAUCGGACCUGAGGACACGUCAGAGUUCACAAUGGACGAGGUUCGGCGUUACGGCUUCAUCGUCAUUGAUAAUAUUAUAUAUAACGUGACUGAAUGGGUGGCUCAUGGGGGACAUCCAGGUGGAGAAGUCCUUCUGAGCUGCCUCGGGCGUGAUGUGACCUCUCUCUUUCGGGGUAUUCAUCACCCUGGCAUCGCCAAGCAUUACCUCCCACCCCUGGCCAUUGGUCGACUUAAGGACCCUUCUAUUGAAGACAAGGCAGAAGCUGACUUUGCAGCACUGGAAAGGCAUGUUCGGCGCUUAGGACUCUAUGAGCAGAAGGUCUCCUAUUACUUCGGCCGUAUCGCCAUCGUUAUGGCCUUCCUUUUACUGGCACUGACAAGCCUUUGCCUGGGCUGGACAAUGCUAGGGGCGAUAGCUCUUGGUGUAUCCUGGCAACAGGGUGCCUUCAUUGCCCAUGAUGCAUGCCAUAGAGGCUGCGGUAGUGGUGAUGGUAGAUCCCCUUCUCGAAUCGGAUGGUUCAUCGGUUCGAUCUUGUUUGGUAUAUCAUCUAGCAUGUGGAGUGAGGAGCAUGCCGCCCAUCAUUGCUUCCCCCGACGUCCUCGUGAGGAUCCUCAGUUCAACUACUUGCCGACCUUCCUAAUAAGUCGCAAGGAGUUGCCAUACUCCAACAAGUGGGAGGAGCUCAUAGCUGGAGUCAUCGUGCCGAUACAGCAUUUUGUCCUGGCCCCUGUUGCGAUGACCAUCGGGCGCUUUAAUUUUUAUAUCAUCAGUUUGAUAUUUUCGUGCAAGCGUGCAUUACAGUACUACAUCAAGGGCCGGUCCAUCCCUCUGCACUGCUGCCCUCUUGCCGACCUAUGUGGUAUGUCACUCUUCUGGCUAUGGUACGGUUGCCUCCUGUACCAGUUGGUACCGCCUAGCGAUCGUCUCCUCUUUCUCCUACUCUCCAACUGCACAGCUGGGGUCCUGCAUGUAGGCAUCUACGAGUGUGUCUAG